AUGUGGACUGCAAAUCUUAUUUUUUCUAGCCACACGAGUGAGCCAUUCAACAGCACGUUUGAAUUUUGGUUCGAGCUAUCGGGAGUGCCUCGCUAUGGCCCUAUUAUCACAUUCUACUUUGGAAUUCCAGUAGUGCUAGGGUAUGACCUGAAGGGAGACCUGAUCGGACUGGUAGGAAGAUGUGGUGUUUAUUUGCAGUCCUAUGCCGCAAUCCUUGCGCAAUGGUACAACAAUCAGCACGAGCUUGACGAGAUGCAUCACUAUCCUGUGCUGACCGUGCCCAUCACAUUGCCUAUAUUAUACAUUGCCGACCAGCAGCUAUUCUGGAAGGACAAGCCAGAACAUCUCGCACAGUUUGAGCACGUCAUUGAAGAGACGCUUCUCAAAAACGCGAUGACGGACGACUUCGAGUGCCAGCCUACAUCUGUCGAAGCUCAAAUCAACCGUGUGCAGCUCAGUUUGACGGAGCAAUCAUUUAAAGCCGGCAAGUACUUCAGACAGUACUUCGAGCUCCGCGACGUCAACUCCGGACUGUACACUGAGCUCGACCAAUUGCGUCUCUCUGUCGAUGAUAACGUCCAUCAGGCAAGGCCACAGACAUAG